AAGGAGGGGCGAAGCUCAAGAUGGCGGACAAAACGCCAGGCGGGUCUCAGAAGGCCAGUUCAAAGUCCAGAUCAUCAGAUGUUCAUUCAUCUGGAUCUUCAGAUGCACAUAUGGAUGCAUCUGGACCCCCUGAUGGUGAUAUGCAGAGUCGGACACGACCCAAGAGCCCAAGAAAGCAUAAUUAUAGGAAUGAAAGUGCUCGUGAAAGUCUUUGUGAUUCUCCUCAUCAGAAUCUCUCAAGACCUCUUCUGGAAAACAAACUUAAAGCAUUCAGUAUUGGAAAAAUGAGUACAGCUAAGCGGACUUUAAGUAAGAAGGAACAAGAAGAAUUAAAGAAGAAGGAGGAUGAAAAAGCAGCUGCCGAGAUUUAUGAGGAAUUUCUUGCUGCUUUUGAAGGAAGUGAUGGUAAUAAAGUGAAAACAUUUGUGCGAGGAGGUGUCGUUAAUGCAGCUAAAGAAGAACAUGAAACAGAUGAAAAAAGAGGUAAAAUUUACAAGCCAUCUUCAAGAUUUGCAGAUCAAAAAAAUCCUCCAAAUCAGUCUUCCAAUGAAAGACCACCAUCUCUUCUUGUUAUAGAAACCAAAAAACCUCCACUGAAGAAAGGGGAGAAAGAAAAGAAAAAAAGCAAUUUGGAACUCUUCAAAGAAGAAUUAAAACAAAUUCAAGAAGAGCGUAAUGAGAGACAUAAAACAAAAGGCAGGCUAAGUCGAUUUGAGCCUCCUCAGUCAGAUUCUGAUGGUCAGCGUCGUUCUAUGGAUGCGCCUUCAAGAAGAAAUAGAUCAUCUGGUGUUCUUGAUGAUUAUGCACCUGGCUCACAUGAUGUAGGAGAUCCAAGCACUACUAAUUUAUACCUUGGAAACAUUAAUCCACAGAUGAAUGAAGAAAUGCUGUGCCAAGAAUUUGGAAGAUUUGGUCCAUUAGCCAGUGUGAAAAUUAUGUGGCCUAGAACUGAUGAAGAAAGAGCGAGAGAGAGAAAUUGUGGCUUUGUGGCCUUUAUGAAUAGAAGAGAUGCUGAAAGAGCUUUAAAAAAUUUAAAUGGAAAAAUGAUUAUGUCUUUUGAAAUGAAGUUAGGUUGGGGUAAAGCUGUACCUAUUCCUCCACAUCCAAUAUACAUUCCACCUUCUAUGAUGGAACAUACGCUUCCCCCACCUCCAUCCGGACUGCCUUUUAACGCGCAGCCUAGAGAACGAUUAAAAAACCCCAAUGCUCCCAUGUUACCACCACCUAAAAACAAGGAGGAUUUUGAGAAGACUCUGUCGCAAGCCAUAGUCAAAGUGGUUAUCCCAACAGAAAGGAAUUUGCUCGCCCUGAUACAUCGAAUGAUAGAGUUUGUUGUACGUGAAGGGCCAAUGUUUGAAGCUAUGAUUAUGAACAGAGAGAUCAACAAUCCUAUGUUCAGAUUCUUAUUUGAAAACCAGACACCAGCUCAUGUUUACUAUAGGUGGAAGCUUUAUUCUAUUCUGCAGGGAGAUUCUCCAACUAAGUGGCGGACAGAAGAUUUUCGUAUGUUCAAAAAUGGAUCUUUUUGGAGGCCACCGCCAUUAAAUCCAUACCUGCAUGGAAUGUCAGAAGAACAAGAAACAGAAGCUUUUGUGGAGGAACCUAGUAAAAAGGGAGCACUUAAAGAAGAACAGAGGGACAAAUUAGAAGAAAUCUUGAGAGGAUUAACUCCGAGGAAAAAUGAUAUUGGCGAUGCAAUGGUUUUCUGUCUUAAUAAUGCUGAAGCUGCUGAAGAAAUAGUGGAUUGCAUUACUGAAUCAUUGUCAAUCUUAAAAACACCUCUUCCUAAAAAGAUUGCCAGAUUGUAUUUGGUUUCUGAUGUUUUGUACAAUUCUUCAGCCAAAGUUGCCAAUGCUUCAUAUUAUAGAAAAUUUUUUGAAACAAAGUUAUGUCAGAUAUUUUCAGACCUCAAUGCUACCUAUCGUACAAUUCAAGGCCAUUUACAAUCUGAAAACUUUAAGCAACGAGUAAUGACUUGCUUCAGAGCAUGGGAAGAUUGGGCAAUUUAUCCAGAACCAUUUUUGAUCAAAUUACAAAAUAUUUUCUUAGGACUUGUAAAUAUUAUUGAAGAAAAAGAAACAGAGGAUGUACCAGAUGACCUUGAUGGUGCCCCCAUUGAGGAAGAGCUUGAUGGAGCACCUCUAGAAGAUGUGGAUGGAAUUCCUAUUGAUGCUACUCCCAUUGAUGAUCUCGAUGGAGUCCCUAUAAAAAGUCUUGAUGAUGAUCUCGAUGGAGUGCCUUUGGAUGCAACUGAAGACUCAAAGAAAAAUGAGCCUAUAUUUAAAGUUGCCCCAUCAAAAUGGGAAGCUGUAGAUGAAUCUGAAUUGGAAGCACAGGCUGUAACAACUUCUAAAUGGGAGUUAUUUGACCAGCACGAGGAAUCAGAAGAAGAAGAAAAUCAAAAUCAAGAAGAAGAAAGUGAAGAUGAAGAAGAUACUCAAAGUUCCAAAUCUGAAGAACAUCAUUUGUACUCCAAUCCAAUCAAAGAAGAAAUGACUGAGUCCAAGUUUUCUAAGUACUCUGAAAUGAGUGAGGAAAAACGAGCUAAACUUCGUGAAAUAGAGCUCAAAGUUAUGAAGUUUCAAGAUGAAUUGGAAUCUGGAAAAAGACCUAAAAAACCAGGCCAAAGUUUUCAGGAGCAAGUAGAACAUUACAGAGAUAAACUUCUUCAACGAGAGAAAGAGAAAGAAUUAGAAAGAGAACGAGAAAGAGACAAGAAAGAUAAAGAAAAAUUGGAAUCUCGAUCCAAAGACAAGAAGGAAAAAGAUGAGUGUACUCCAACAAGGAAAGAAAGGAAAAGACGACACAGUACAUCCCCCAGCCCAUCUCGCAGUAGCAGUGGUAGACGAGUGAAAUCCCCAUCACCAAAAUCGGAGCGAUCAGAGCGUUCAGAAAGAUCUCAUAAAGAGAGCUCACGGUCCAGGUCAUCUCACAAAGAUUCUCCUAGAGAUGUUAGCAAAAAAGCCAAAAGAUCACCAUCUGGUUCAAGGACACCUAAAAGAUCUAGGCGAUCACGGUCUAGAUCCCCUAAAAAAUCAGGGAAGAAAUCCAGAUCCCAGUCCCGAUCUCCACACAGGUCUCAUAAAAAGUCAAAGAAAAACAAACACUGACAUAAAUUUUUAAGAUGCUGUCACUUAUUGGAAAUGCGAUUAUGUUUUGUGCCUGAAUGGUCUGUUUUUUUAGAAACAAAAACAAAAAAUCAAAUGAAAGAGCAUUCCUGGGGUUUUUUGUUUGUUUGUGAAUGCAUGUGUAAACUCAUGAGUAACUGCAUCUGUAGAUCUGUCAUUGUUUUAUAUUGUAUAAAUUACUUUUGUUGUGGCUGUUUCUCAAGAUGAAAUUUUUAUUGUGCUAAUGAAUUUCAUCAGAAAUGUGUAUAAUGGAUCUGCUGGCAGUAGUAGUAUUUGGUUUUAGGAUGUUGUGACUUAGCAAAAAUAAUACAGAUGUCUUCCCCUCCUUUUGUAGCUUUGACAAUUUGAGUUAGAUUUCAAAUAAAAUCUGAACAGAAAACUGUAA